CCUCCAUCUCAGCCACUAAAACCCUCAGCGCCAUGCAGCCAGCUGCAGCUCCAUCCCCCGGGCCGUGACGAGCAGAGGGCGAGAAAAACCUCCUAAAUAUUCACUCUGGUACAGAAGAAGAAGAAGACGAGAUAACCAGUGCAUCAUGGAGGCUGUUAAAGCGUUUAACGUAGAGCUGUACUCGCUGAACGAAUACAAGCCUCCCAUCUCCAAAGCGAAGAUGACCCAGAUCACCAAAUCGGCCAUUAAAGCGAUAAAGUUCUACAAACACGUGGUACAGAGUGUGGAGAAGUUCAUCCAGAAGUGCAAGCCUGAGUACAAGGUCCCAGGUCUGUACGUCAUCGACUCGAUUGUGCGUCAGUCGCGGCACCAGUUUGGCCAGGAGAAGGACGUGUUCGCUCCACGCUUCAGCAAGAACAUCAUCGCCACCUUCCAGAACCUCUACAGAUGCCCCUCUGAUGAUAAGAGCAAGAUCGUCCGUGUGCUGAACCUCUGGCAGAAAAACAGCGUGUUCAAAAGUGACAUCAUCCAGCCGUUACUGGACAUGGCAGCGGGAAUCCCGCCCCCAAGUGUCACACCUGUUCCCGCCAGCACAGCUGUUCCUGUUAACAACGCCACUCCUGGCACUCCUGCUACUCCGGCCACUCCAGCCAACAUCAUGCCCAGUUUACCGGACUGGGCCUCUCAGAUCUCUAACUCGGACACCGUGGCAGCAGUAGCACAGAUCCUACAGAGCCCUCAAGGGCAGCAGUUGCAGCAGUUGGUGCAGAGUCUACAGAUGCAGCAGCAGAAGCCUCAGCCAUCUCUCCUGCAGGCGCUGGAUGCUGGGCUGGUGGUCCAGCUGCAGGCCCUGACCGCUCAGCUCACAGCGGCUGCAGCAGCCAACACACUCCCACUCGAGCAGAGAGUCUCCUCUUUCAACAAGAAACUCUUGGGACAGUUUGACUUCGGUGGCGAGUCCGAACCCAGUGAUGAUUCUAAAAAGGACACGGCAGCACCUCAGCUGCCCAUGGUUUCAGAGUCCAUUAACAACUCCCUGUUCCAUCAGCUGGCUGAGCAGCUCCAGCAGCAGAACCUUGAACAGUUUCAGAAACAAAUUCUAGAGCACCAACAGCAUCAGCAGAAGUCCAUCAGUCUGGAGAGCCAAGAAAGCAUCUUUGGUCCUGAGAACUCUGCUCCUGCAGCACAGAGCAACAUCCAGCCACAGCUCCAAGAACAGGAAGCCAAGCUGGACGAUUCUAUCGACAACCAACAACAGGACAUGGACCUGGACGAGGGACAGGACACUGUAGAUGAGGAUAUGUUUGAGUCAGAUGAGAAGAAAACCAGUGGUACUCGUUCCAGAACACACUCUCGGUCUCGCUCCAGGUCCCCAAAGAGGAGGAGGUCCAGGUCGCGCUCAGGGUCCCGAAAGCGAAAACACCGGAAACGGUCGCGCUCGCGGUCCAGAGACCGCAAAAGGAAAUCCUCUCGCUCCUACUCCAGCGAGCGUCGUGCACGGGAGAGAGAAAAGGAGCGGCAGAAGAAAGGCCUUCCUCCUAUUCGCUCCAGAUUUCUCAGCGUGUGUAGCACUACAUUGUGGGUGGGCCAAGUGGACAAGAAGGCCACACAGCAAGACCUUACCAACCUUUUUGAAGAGUUUGGCCAGAUUGAAUCCAUCAAUAUGAUUCCUCCCAGAGGAUGUGCGUAUAUCUGCAUGGUGCAUCGACAGGACGCUUAUCGCGCACGACAGAAAUUAAGCACCGGCUCAUACAAAAUCGGGUCAAAGGUUAUAAAGAUCGCCUGGGCUCUUAAUAAGGGUGUGAAACAGGAAUAUAAACAAUUCUGGGACGUGGAUCUCGGAGUAACGUACAUCCCCUGGGAGAAGGUCAAACUGGACGACCUGGACGGCUUUGCAGAAGGAGGCAUGAUUGACCAGGAAACGGUUAACAGCGAAUGGGAAGCUCAGAAGAACACUGAAGCACCGAAGGAACCCCAGGUUCAGCCGGUGUCUGCUGAAAGCAGUGCAGCCAGCACCUCGCAGAAUGAAACCUUCACACAGCCUGUGGCCAUGAUGCCUGUGCAGAUCCCAGUAGCACAGACAGUCCCUGCUGUUGGCCUGGUCCCACCCGCUUAUCCUGUCACCAUGGCAAUGCCUCCACCUGGCUUCGGUCCUCCACCUCCCUUUCUCAGGGCAGGAUUCAACACUACGCAGCCUCCACCAGGCUUCAUGGCCACUUCCAGUGUCGCUCCGUCUGCUGUUGGAGCUGGUCUUGGUUCAGCACCAUCACCUCUGGUACAGCCUACUCAAGACGGCAACAAGGACUCAACAUUUGGAGCGAUGCUCCCUCCGACGAGCACUAUCCCAGCGAGCUUCAUGCCCUCGGGAAUGCCUGGAGCCGUAUUUAACCCUGUGGGAGCUCAGGCACAGCAGGCCAGCACUGACAAGACAACUGCAUCUGGAGAGAGUGUAGAAACGCCUAAUGAAAUAACACUACAGGGAAUGCAGAAUGCUGUGCGUAGUGGGAUGGGUUUACUGGGCAUGCACCCUUCUGCAUCUCUCUCUCAUCCUCUUACUGGCCAGAGGAUGCCCGGGCUGCUACCUCUUGACUUGCGGCCGAACCUCCUUCAGGGAGCUGGGGCUCGCUUCCCCAUGCUCAUGCAGCAAGGCCUAGCACAGCAAGCCAACAGCCUCCUGGACACCUCGCUUCAGGCCCGCACACGAGCCCCUUUUCCUCCGAUGGAGCACUUUAAUCGCGCAGAAGGCCCCUUUGCAAGGGCCCCCAAUCCUGCAGCUCCUCCGCCAGACAAUAUGGACAAAACUAAUAUUAAUAAUAAUACACCGACUGCUUCAGACAGUGGAGGCCAACAGGAGGGUGAUCAGGAUUAUCGUUUCCCACCUCCUGAGAAACAGAGCACGGGUCUGCUGAGGACACCUCCUCCUGAGAUGAGGUCGGAACCCACGCCUGUUAGAACUCCUCUGCUGGAGAGACCUCCCAGAGGAGGCAUGCACUCGGAGGGCCGAGAGGGACCCGGGAGACGGGAGUCCAUGCCGGGUCCCUUCAGAGGCGAGACGCGCUGGGGUGCACCACGUGGGGACCUGGACGAGCGAGAUAUGAGAGGAAUGUCAGCAGGACCACCGAAGAGCCUUCAGGAGGAUCGGGGAAACCCGAAUUUCCAAAACCGUUUUGAGAUGCGUGGCGGAGGAGCCAUGGGCGGAGUAGGGCCGGGCUGGAACCGUGGAGGCGGACCCUUCAAUGCGAAUGUGCACCAGGACUUUGAUGAUCGGCGCCGACCCUGGGAGAGGCAGAAGGACCGCGAUGACAGGGACUUCCGCAGGGAUAUGCACGACAGCCGGCACAGGGAGCGAGACAGAGAACGGGAACGAGACCGUGAACGCGGUCGAGAUCGGAAUCGGGAUCGAGAGAGAGACAGAGAACAGGAUAACGAUAAGGAGAGAGACAGGGACCGCGGGGGCUGGGCGCCCCUUACUCCCCAACCUCAACCUCUCCUCCCUCUUCCCAGACCAUCCCAACCUCUGCUCCCCCUCCCGACACCUCUGCUAAACCUGCCUCCGUCUCAGCCCGAGUCGCAUCCUAAACCUCUUCUACAGCACGAACCACAACCCGCAGGGAGACCAGCCGAAUCGCAGCCGGACAUAAAGCCGCCCCCGCAGUCGCAGCACGAAAAAGAGAGUGCAAGUGCCCAAGAGAAGAAAGACAGCUUUAGUGACGGUGUUCACGACCCGGACUCUAAAUGGGAACCUGACCCGGAACCCCCAGCCAAGCCGUCUCACCCUUCCCCGUCCGCACCCGCGGCCGAGCCCCUAAAAGAAAUGCAAGCUCCAGAAGUGUCCGCUUCCCCGCUCGUGGCUGGAGGCGGCGGACAGACCACGCCGAAGGAAGAGGCCGAGACUGGGACUGAGCCUGAGCUAGUGAAAACGGACACUGAGGAAACAUAAUCGUCACUCAGUAGGUAAAAAGAUUUUGUAUAGUUGUCAUCUCUGUACUUAUUUCAAAACGGCAUCCACAGGACCUGCUCAGUUCUGUCGCUCAGAAAAAAAGAAAAAAAAUUAUCAUGCCAGUUAUGUACAUCCUAGAAUGCUCACAAUAGAGGAUUUCACUGGUAGGUGAUGUUUUAAUGCUUUAUUUUCAUUUCCUUCUCUUUUUUUUCUUUUCUUUUUUUUUUAAUGCAACCCCACUGUUUUAAAGCUAGGUUUUUAAAAUCCUUGGAAUUUGCUUGCCAAAAUGCCAAAAUGUUGUGUAGCCUAAUUGUAAUUUGGGGAGGGUGGGGAGCUGUGACCUUCCUAUGGAAGAGUUUAAAGGACGCUGGCUUUUCCCCCCCUAAAGGAUCGAAUGUGUGUGGGGGGGGGGAGGAAAAGAGAAAAAAAAAGCAAUCAAGGCCUGUUCUGUGUUUUGUUUUCCAACCAGCGGCUGCAGACUUUAAAAUGAAUGAAUGCCUUUGUGGUGUCCUGAUGCUUGUUGUCUUUUAAGCAAAUUAUACGUACAGCCAAUACAGUGAGAACAGUAAUGCCGUUUUAGUUGCUUUUGAAAAGAAUACAAAAAAUUAAAACAUUUGAUGUACUAUCCCCAUCUUAAAUGUCUGAUUUUUCUUCAUCACA